GUUAGCGAAAAAUUCGCAUUUAGUUCUUCUAAACUGCCGGAAACAAAGUAACGCCUAAAAAUGGAGGUGCUGGAAGAAGGAAAUUUAAUGGACAGAGUUCCUAUAUUACUGCAGCGAGAUCUUGAAUUUUAUCAGACACAUCAGCGAGUCCUUCAGGAACCAAUUUGUUCUGGAGUUGUGGGUGGAAAAUUGGAUUUUCCACGUUAUGCGUCUUUUGCAGCCAUUAAAUUAAUUCGGUGGUGGGAGGAUGAGUACUUUGCCUCUUAUCGGAAGCCAUCGGGACUCUUGCAUACUGAGAAGGAAAUGAAUGAGGGAGAUUUUACUAGUGUUACCAUUAAAACUUCAGAUCCGGAUAAAUUUGUGCAGUUAGUAACGAAAUCUGCAGAUUUAUUACUCGAGCAUAUCCAUCGCCUUUCCCAGGAGUCCUUGGAUCAUGCCGAUCUUUCGGUGCUCACAGCCACCAUUGGAGCUGCAUCAUUGGUCAAGAACUCCCUGAGUGUCUACAUGCAGGCGGCUACAACAACUAUUUGUCCUCCAAAAGGAGAUGAGAAAGGUGGAGCCCUGAAGCUUAGUUUCAAGCAAUACUCCCAAAUGUCGGAGGCCUUGGCUGAACGCCUCCUGGAUCUUCAUUGUCGCUUGCUAUUGCUUUACAUUAUCCAGGAUGCAGACUGUUUGCAUUGGGAGGAUACUCAGCCCUUUUUUGAAUCCGAAAGGGGUUCCUAUACCAUCCAGAUGUGGUGGCACUACAUGAGGGGCUCCAAAAACGAUCUGUGGAACUCAGUGCCUCCGAAGAUGGCCCAGAAAAUCUUUGCUGGAAUGCUGAAUGAGACACUAAGUGUCUUGACUGUUCGAUAUACCCAGAUAGUGACCAGUGUGGCACGAUCUCAGUUGCAUUUGGUGGAUAUCUGCAACAUGCUGCUCUGCAUAGCGGAACUGCUGCCACAUAUUAGCGAGAGUGGGGAGGCAUAUGUGGGGUUGCAACUAAGCAACCAGAGUGUUAUUAUCAGAGACAUUCAUGCCAAGUGCCGGGAGCUUUUUUACUGCCUUUUGUUGAGAGGAGCUCCUCUGGGAGUUCUUUCCAAAGUUUUCCGCAAAGGACUAGACAACAUGGAAAUGUUUAGUUCCCGUCAUGGGCUUCCUAGUGCCUGGAUUAUAUUCGCUUUACCGCGAUACUUUCCCAAAGAACAAUCCUGCCAGUGGGUUACAGAAUUCGCCGAUCUUUCUACCAACACCGCCAUAUCCCUGGACUUGAGAGUCUUACUGGCCUUUCCCGAGGCCGACUGGUCUUAUUUGCUAAAGAUCCUCUUGAUGAGAGACGCCUAUUUGACGGGAAUUAUAAUUAGACACCUGAUGCAGCAUUUGCCGUCUUCGGAGAAUUUCAAGAAUGUGGCCAAGCAUUCGUUUACCAGCGCCGAGGGAGCUCCACAGAAAUGUGAGGCUUUCUUGUGUCGAGGAGAGUGUUUUAACGUCACCGAGUCUAUAGCUGGAGAUAUAGAUCCUGUGGGUCAGUCCAACUACCAGAUAGUCCUUUCCCUUACUUACUUGGUGGUGGCUGUUGGCAAAGCCGUUGACAUCAAAUCCUGUCUGAUCAAAACCCUGGAGGAAAAUGCGGUCACCGGAUGGAGCGAUUGCCUGGACAAGCGUCAAGUCUGGAACCAGAAGAGGACCCCCUGGCUGGAGGCCAUCAUGCACUUUGUAUACCCCGUACUAGAUUGCGUUGUGGAAAUGCUGAUCAAUGCGGUGGAAAAUGGUGCUAGCAUGUACCAGGCCAUGUCCUUGGCCCUUACUUGUGUCUCGGAGAUCUGGGAUUGCAUUCCAGAGGGUCUCUACAAGAUCGCUUCUCUGCUGCAGGACAUUAUUCCGGUUUCUACAAGGCCUCUAGGUGAUUCGGUGCUCCUUCAAGUAGUUUUUGCAGCUCUGUACACGGAACUCAUUAAAACCGCAGAGGUCCACGAGCAAAACAAAAAUGAGGAGAAGGCCUCCAUUUGCUAUUCCAUCUCUGAGGCCAUUUGCUCGAUUGACGAGGACGACAAGCACACGGACCAGAUCGAACUGUUCCUCAAGCAGGCCAAGGAGAGCAUUAACUUGGACACCGAUUUCGGUGGGUCAGUGGGAGGCAAUAAUCGAGGGGCCGGAGGCAUGAGUGCUGUAAGCACCAUCAAAAUGGAUGACCUGGCCCUAACGAAUGCCGAAUCGGAUCGCCUCAGCCACAGUCCCCCGAACAAUUACGCCAUGGAAAUGGAUGUGGGAAUCGCCGACUAUAUAGCAGAAGUUUUGGUCAGCGAUGUCCUGACCACAAAUAUUGGUAAACAGGCCCUGAAAGUGGUGUACAACUAUCUGAAAUUCAACAAGGAUUGGCUGCUGGAGCAACUGGGAACGGGCGACAACGAUCCGAGUCCCUUUCAGGGAGUUCAAGGCCAAAAUAUCAAGGAGGCGAAAACCUCGGUGCUCCGGUCCAUGUUCUUUAUUGGUAAUAAUACGCCUUUUGACCAGCUCUUAACGGGCUCCAUGAAAAUAGACUAUGUCAGCUGGCUGCAGAUGCCAUUGUCGCUAAAUCCGGAGAGGACAUGGCUGCAUUUAACCAGACGCUGUGACUUCCAGGAGGAUGCCAAGCUGGCCCUCCCCGAAGUAGCCAUGGUGGCUGGUAUUACCAAGAUAAUGAAGCGGCGCAAGGAGUUCCCCAAGUGA